CCCCAAUUUCAGCUCAUUCAUAUCGAUUCAUCGCCGCUCACAACAGCUGGUCUCAUUCCUCUUCAUUACCUUGCCGAUCGGCUGUCACCGCCGCUGUUAGCCUCUCCUCACCGCCGCCGCCGCUGUCUCCUUCCCUUGCCGAUCGUCGCUGCCUACUCCUCGUCGUCAUCGACUCGUCGCGUCGUGAAGGCAAAUCCGUCAUUAUUUGUCAACCGAAUCCCCAGUUUUUUUGUAAGAGAAAUGCAAAUUCUAAUGGCAUUUUUAUCAAUCUGUCACCCGCCAUGAUUUUUAUUCUUCUCCUAAACUGCACCAAUCCGCACUGCGCUCACCCCAGGCUCAACUUCAGUGUGUCAAAAAGCUUGAUGAUGUAUGGAUCAGACGGAGCAGGAGGUCUUGCGUCGUCUACGAAUCAGUUGGAAGACAUAGAACAUUUUGGAGAUGUCGUUUCUCUGGAUGAUAAGAUGGAUUCAUUUCUGUCGCAUGAUGGAGAAGAGGGAAGAGAUCUGUAUGGCACCUUAAAACCAGGUCUUACUGAGCAUAAAACAGAGUCUUCUAAGGGUUUUUCCUUUGGUGAAGUUGGUUGUAUAAGGACAAGGAAUAAAGUUACCUGCUGUCAUUUUUCUUCAGAUGGGAAGUUGCUAGCUAGUGCUGGACAUGACAAGAAGGUAAAAUACAUACAUCAAAAAAUAAAUAUAAUACCUGAAGACUACAGUUGCCAGGCUGGACACAAUGGUUCACUUUAGUGAUAUAUGACAUGCAUAAAUUUGGCAUUGUGACAAAGGAUAUUCUCCUUUAAGAUCUAUAUCAAU